AUGUUAGUAAACUCAACAGAGGUGAAAUUUUCAACAUAUUGUAAAGGACCGGGUUUACAAUCUGUCCUACCAAUCGCAACUCCACUUUGGUUAUGGAUUGUUUCGGAAAAUAAUUUGGAAUCUGUAGAGUUCGAUAUUCAACGUAAGGAAAAAUGAUCAUUGUUGUUAAAAAUAUAACAUUUAUUUCAGUCGAAAACAAGGAAAAAUUACAAUAUCUGAAAAAUAUCGACCGAAAAUCGAAGAAACUCGCAAUAUUUUAUACGAUUCCUCCGACAAAUGCAAAAAGAAUUGUUAUUUCUAUCAAUGAUGAUGGACAAAUGUACAAUUUUAUGAGCGACAUUUCUCUCGACAAGGAACCAUCAAAACUCAACGAAAGUAUUACCGAAGUUGUGAGUUGAACAUUUUUCCGAAAUGUUGAAAAAACAGCGCAUUGAAAAUAUAUCGCACUUUGAUCCAAAAUGCAGGCAUGUUCAUUUUGCUUUGCCGGCAAAAAGCAAAGCAGCUUUGCUGGGCGUGGCUUUGCUUUUUGCUGGCAAAAAGCAAGUAAGGAAAAAGCAAAAAAGCAGCCGCGGCUGCCUGCCGGGCUGCUUUUUCAAAAUACAAAAGGCAACAAGCGAAGCUCCGCCCCUCCACACACAAAACAUGGCAACACACAAAACCAGUGAACCGUCCGCGUAUGCAUUUAUUCAAGUAGUCUCGCGCGCGCGUUAGAGAAGCAAAAAGAGGUUGUUUUGUCAAUGCAUUUUCACUGCUUUCAGAUGAUUUUUUGAAGGAGUGAAAAAAGCAUUGCCGGCAAUUCGGCAGGCUGCUUUGCUGUUGCUUUUUCACAGUCUUGCCGUGUAAAAGCAAAAGCGGCUUUGCUUUUUCGGGGGACGGCAAAAAGCAGGCAAUGCCGGCAAAAUGAACAUGCCUGCCAAAAUGCAUUGCUUUAGACUCCUACAGCGCGCUGUGUGUUUCUAAGAAAACUUACAAGGAAUAGUUCCCAAAAUUCCCCCCUGAAAAAAGUUGUUACUAUGCGGAAGUUAUACUAUCUGGUGAGGUGAGAAAAACCCCAAGUGGUUUUUGCAUGCAAAAAUUUCUUUCCCUAAUUUCGGGGGUAGGUUUUCACAAAAAAAUAACAAAAAACCGAUUUCCAGCAUUUUUGGGAGCAUGGAUACCUGAUGAUUUCAACAUGUUAACAUACGUAACUUUUUGCGUAGAGUUCGAAAAUCGACACUAGAAUACUGCAAACAUUUUCUGAAAACAUUUCAAAAAAAAUUCAAAAAACUCGAAAAAAAAAUUGUUUUUUAGAGCCGAAUUCUGAAUUUGACUACAACUCCCGAAACCUCUGCUUGCGUCAGUUCGGAUCCAUUGUGGAAGAAAAACUCGACUGAUCCAACAUCAACAUUCGAUUGUGGAAAUCGCACGACUUCGACAAAGUGAGUUAUGCACGAAGUCUCAUUAAAAGUUCUUUGUGGAACCUCCCAUUUGAGCUCAGAAAAUUAAACUCUGGAAAUUAAAUUUCAGGAUUGAAGUGACUCUUGAAAUGGAUAAAACGAAGUCGAAAAUUGAUAUGGGCCCGGAGAAGUCAAAUGAUCAAAAUGUUGCGGCAGUUUUGGAAGAGAAAAAAAAAGGUUACUGGUCUUAA